CGGACCUGGAAUCUAAUCUAGAGGCCAUCUUACUCAUAGUACUGAAAGGAAAAGCAAGGGCAAUACAAACAGAUACAAACUCGGCUUUUGGUUGGCAUAGGUCCAAAUAGAUAAUCAUGGCAGCUAAGGAAGAGGCUACUACAAAAAGUGAGAAAAAGAAAGAGAAAGUGAUAGCUACACCAGACACGACUGAUGAGUCAAUCCCUCAUCCUUAUUUUGAGCUUUAUCGCCACACCAUGUUGCGUGGCGCUAACAGUGGGUCUCUACUCACCAUCUUAUUUGCUCCGCCCAUUCUUUAUUUCCGUGGGAGGAGACAGCCGAGGGAGAUCAUGUACCACACAGCAAAAGCAUCAGUUUAUGGAAUGUUAAUAGGUGCUGGCCUCAGUGCAUUAGCUACAUGGGCUGUAGUACGUAAAGCUACCUAUGAAGAAGUGUUUGAUCGCUCUUACAGACUCCGUUACAACAAAGGGCAAGUACAUAUGGAUCUUGUUACAUAUGGUGUUGUAGGUAGUGGAGCUGUAGCAGGGGCACUCACCACGUCAACAAUGAGAGCUACUGGUGCAUUGUUUGGUAGUGCAGUUGGAUUUGGUCUUGCUGUGUUUGUCCACAUGGCAACCAAAGGAAAGGAUUAAAAGGCUUCUAGCAUCCUAGAAUCUUCAACUAACAAUUAUCAUUAAUUUUUUCUAGUCUUUAUGCAUUUAUAACUUCUUAUAGUUUUUCCUACAAGUGGUGUGCAUCUAGAUCUAUUCUAUUCAUUGUUACACAACAGCAAAUGAUAAUUGUAUUUUGUAGCUAAGAAAGAUAAUCAUUCA